UAUGCAAUGAAUACACGGUACACCAAAGAAAAAAAUAAAAUAAAUAUAGAAAACAAAAAGAAAGUCUAAUGAACAACAACUCGUCGAGAGCAGGCCAGUGGUUACAACACUAUGAACCACACCAAGUUCAACAGCUUAGUCCAUGCUUCGAUGGCAUUAACAUGAUGUCAUCAUCCGUAUCUCCCCUCGGAGAAGACGGUGGUAUUGUGGUGGCGCAAGAAACGGCCGGAAGAAGGUCUAGGGCUUCGAGGAGAGCAGUACCAACGACUCUCUUGAACGCAAGUCCUAGCAAUUUCCGAGCUCUUGUUCAGAAGUUCACCGGACGCUCUGCUGCUGGUGAAGCCAACCGUAGAAGAGGUCCGGUAACUCUAGACUUCGGUUCUCCAACUACAAUAUCUAAAGAAUCUAUCUUCCCGGUCUCAGGAGAUCGAAAGAGUUAUGAUCAUGAUCUUGUUCUUAACCAGCAUGUGAGUAACGAGCCGCGUCACGUGACUUGGUCAGGUACGGAAGCAACGACGACGUAUCAGGUGAGUGAAGAAAGUAACUCCGUGUUUGAUCAACAAGAUCAUGAUCUUUUGGGGGAAUAUUCAGGGAACAGUAGUUAUGAUGAUGGCUUGGAUCAUAUGGAUUAUUAUUAUCACGAUUUUCACCAAGAGACGGAAACGUUGGAGGAAUUCAUGAUGAGCGAUCUUGAUUUAUAAUAUAGCUUUCUUUUAGUAACUAGAUGAAGAUGAAAAUAAUGAUUAUCAUGAUUUUACUACUAAGGGGAUAUGAAUUUGGGAUUUUUUUUUCUUUUUGGGGAAUAUGGCUUUACAAAUUACAAGUCCAUUAAUCAAGCAUUUCUAAUAACAUGUGUAAUAAAGGUUUUGUCUUAAGUUCCUAUAGAUGAUGAAGAUUUUGUACGUCGAUUAUCUUACUCUGUUCUCUUGAAAUUUGGAUUUAA